AAUCCAUCAUACGCACGACUUGAAGGUUGUAUCCCUAUCUUUUGCAACACCAAUGUACCAAAAACACUAAUGAUGCCCAUUAUUUAAAUAAAGUUGAUGGAGAAUGAACACGAGAACCACAAUACAGAAAGAUGGGAAAAAGACAUGACAAUAGAAUCCUAAAAAGGCCGUCUCAUUUGAUCUUUCAUGACACAUUUUCCCUCUUUUUGCUUACAGUAUCCAGACGGCCAGUUCCAUCACAAAAAGUUCCGAUAACCCCAAGAGAUGCACAUCAAGAAAGUGAACAACACAUUGCAAGAAGCCACGCAUGCUACGUGAAGACGAUCCCAAGAUUUCUUUGCGUACAGUCUUCUACUAUGGUACUACAUCGAAAUAAACUUUUACCA